CGCCGCGGUACACUCGUCGUCGUGUUCUCGUCGCGUGCAAACAUUCGUUCGUCCGUAUGAAAUAGGAUUAUUUAGACUUUUAGAGUGUAAAAACAAAAAACAUUGUUACUUGAAAGCCAAAUCUAUUGGUUGAUGGUCACGGUAUUAUAAUAACCACUUACCUAUUUUGAUUUUGAAACGGUAAAGGACGAGAGAAAUAUUAAAACAUUAAUAUCAAACAUAUAGAAAUUUGCGCAAUUUCGGAAUGUUUGUCACUUACCCAUAAUUUUCUUGUCUCGUGCGCGAAAUCGUAUAUGGCCUACGGGGCCACGUAGACCGCGGCUGUAGUCCGUCUGUGGCGUCAGUGGUGGUCGUGGUGGCCACGUAAAGGUUACAUUCCUAGCAUCUUAUUGCGAAUGUUUUGAAAGCCAUAAUGCUUCAGAGAUCUCCAUCAUCGAGGAAGAGGCGUGCCGCCAACAAUGACUCACGUCGAACCAGUGUGGCGUUUAAUCUGGAAAGUCAGUCAACGAGACUCACGGAAGGAGGAAGGCAACAGACGCAGCAGUCCCCACAACAUAGAAGAGCUAGUAUAGCAGCUACGUCACCUUCCGAUGGCUUUGAAAUGCGACAAAGGACUAGGGUAUCGCCGGAGGAGGAGUUCUUUGAAUACACGCAUAAACGAAGUCCUAGACCGAGUUUUGUAUCGGAAACUAAAGUACUGUAUGUUGAUAAGAGUCCUAGAAAUAGUUUGGUUCCAGAUAUGUCAAGAAGUCCACGAACCAGUUUGGUACCAUCUGAUCAUCGAAAACCCCCACGAUUAUUACCAGACGAACAACAAGACUCAUAUGCACGGUCUAGUCCUUCAAGACUUGAAGUCGAUGUCAAUCGGAGUCCUAGGCAUAGUCUUACAUGUGAGCAUCCAGAUCCGAGAAGUCCGAGAAGUCCAAGAGGUAGUAUGGUGCCAGAAGAUGAUUACUCGGAAUUACGGUCAGGACUGCGAUUGGACGUGGAAAGUUUUAACCGAAGCCCAAGAUCAAGUACUGCUGGCUUGGAUCCAUCAAGAAGUCCAAAAAAUAGUUUAGUGCCGGACCCAAGUCGAUCACCUAGAGGAAGCAUUGCUUAUGAUUUAAAUCGUAGUCCUAGGGGUAGUUUGGCAGUAACACCAGAUGCCAAUCGGAGUCCAAGAGGUAGCUUGAUACCAGACCCCGGAAAAAGUCCCCGAGGUAGUGUGGUAUCAGAAGGUGCGUAUAAUAUGAGUCGGUCAGCAAGAAGCAGUAUACCGAUGGCCGAAUCAGCUUCUUUGGGAAGAACGCCAAGAGGAAGCAUAGGCUCAGUGUCAUGUGUCCAUUUCGAUCCACAGUUAAAAUCAACUAGGAAUUCAAUUGAACCAGGAAAUGGAUCUCCAAAAGGAACUCUCAAAGACACUCAAAAAAGUUCUUCGCCGUAUAAGAAUACACAAUAUACACAAAAACAGAUGUUUCCCGAUGAAUCGAGAAGAGCUAGUAGUAGCGUUAGUCAAGUUUCCGGUGACGAAAGGAAACGCUUGUGCGAGCAUGUUAAGCCUUGCGACAGUGGCCUAACCGUCUAUGGUUCGUUGACAUAUCAAUUGAACCAUGCCAAUAUGGAGUCGACAGGCAUAUUCGAUUUUAUCAUAAAAGCACUGAGCAUUAUUCACAGAACAGUGAUAAUGACGGUAAUUUUGUCCAUUUUCACGGUGGUGCCUUUAAUUAUGUUCGUUGUUGGCGUGGAGUUCGUCCGGGACUGUCCGCGGGAACCGCACAUACCAGUGUACAUGAUCGUGGGCGGCAUAUUCGGCAUGAUCAAAAUGGUGUGGCUGCUGUGCCGGCAGGUCAAGUCGCUGCGGUACAACAAGCGCCGGCGGCCGGACAUGGGCACGCGGGAGGACAUGGUGUCGUCCAUGGGGUCGCGCAUAGCGUCCGUCGGGCUGGCCGCGUUCCUGGCCGGUUGGUUCGCGCUGGGCAACUAUUGGAUCCUGUCCGUGUACUGGCCCGACUCGGAACCGUCGUCGCUGUACGAGCCGAACGUGUGGUGCAACCGGACGCUGUACGUCACCAGCCUCGUACACCUGGCACUCGUGUACGUGGCCGGCGCUGUAGUGCUCGCCGCCGUCGUGGCCGUGCUGGUGUUCCAGCAGUGCGCGCUCCGGUUCAAAUAGCAUACGGCCAACACGGCGCUGUGCGGUUGCGCCCACGGCCACCACGGCAGCCGCCGCAUGACCAUCACCAGCAUACUGCCGUACAGCGCCAUACACAUCAGCGUCACCCAACCAGUCGACGACGGUGGAUGUGACGUGGCCCUGUAGUCGUGUUGACCAUCCCGCUACGCCACCCUCACCCGACACUCCUCCACGGUCCCGACCCCCGACGCUCAUCCCCAACGCCAAGACCACUGCGAUGCCUCGGACGAUGGUCGAAAGGUGGUUGCGACUUGUUGCAGUCGUAUACGAUCGUCGUACACAUUAUUUUGCACGCAUCCAGCUGAUCGUGCCACAGUGUAAGUAUGGGAACUCAUCGAUAUUCGGGCACUUACGAUACAUGACAUGCGAUAUUCGAAAGAAUUUAUACAGUUUUCAAAUACAAUAAUUCAGACUUUUUCCUCAACAUAACUAACAAAAUCCAUAAAUUAAUAUUCUAAUAUAGGUGGCCACUCGUGAAACGUCUAAUAAAACAAUAUUAAAGCGUGACAAAUAUGAAAUAACGUGUAUUGAGUCAAUAAAAUACUACGGGCUAUUGAGAAUUAAUACUUGUUUACGGUUAUGUAUAUAGAUGUAUUAUAUUUACAAAAAUAAUUUUAAAAGUAUAAAAAUAUUGUUUUGCCUUAAAUGUACGGUUAGGUUAGAACUCUCGUGUACGGCUGCGGCGGUGUAAGGAUCUCAACAUCACGAUCAUUAUAUCAGCGUUUGCAGCGUUAGGGUAAAGUUAUGAGGAACACCUCUUAAUCGAAUAGAUUACGGCUGAGAAAUCUACAAAUAUUAAUAAUAUUAUAAUGGUAUAACGUUGUGUGUAUAAUGUAACGUUUGCUGGUAACUGGUAAGUAUCACUCGUAUCGGUGUCCUCUUUGUAUUCAUCAUAAUAAUAUUGCGAUCGUCGCAUUACGCGUCGCUACGCAAAGUCAUUUCGUGUGCAUCCACAUUAUUAGUUAGGUACCUUAGUAGGUAGGUACGGCGUCUGUGUCAUGUGCACUAGUUGUCGCGUCGUCGAGUUGUUUCGCUCAUUGUCGAAAUAUACGACCGAUGUGUUGUGGCACAGAUCCGACACCAUGUAAGACGCGUAGGUAUAAUAAUUUAUGGCGUAUAAUUUAUAAUUUGUAAUUUAUGUGCGCCGCAUUGUAGGAUAUUUAUCGCCCGUGUCUCACCGUGUUCGUUCCCGUAAAUAACUUUUUUUUUACGAUUAUUGCAUUACCAAGUUGCAGUUAAUAAUAUAAUUUCUCAUAUUUGUACGAUAUAUCUAAACUUUAGAAACCGUGUUUCGUAAAAAUCGAUUGUAAAUAUUUUAAAAGUAGAAUUACUAAUUUUCAUUACCUAUUUAAAUAGUUAAGAAAGUUUUAAAGUUCAUGCAGCCGGUGGGUAGAGGAAUAUAAUAUAUUGUCGGGUGACGGAUAAUAUAUGUGGGAUACAGAUAAAAACGGUGAGAUACCCUGUGUAACUUUAAGUGUAAUUUAACGAAUGUAAGUCACUAUAAACGUUUUACAUUCUUUGCUUCCCUCAGAAUGGUCUUUUUUAAUCCACAACCCUAUAUGUGACACCCAUAUAAUAACAAUAAUAAUAAUAAUAAUAAUGCACCCCCCCCCCCUCGAUUCCCGGCCUGUUUCACUGCACACGGGUCAACGCUCACCAGGAAAACUAACUUAAACUAACUUCUUAUUAUUCCUACAUCGUACGCUAGUUCACCUAUCAUUGUGUAUAAAUGCAUCAUGUGCUCAUAUGUACGUAUGCUAUUUCGUUAGCAAUUCUCGUUCGUUUCGCUCCAUUAUUGUUAUUGUUAUUUUUAUCGUAUAAAUUCACGUUUUAAUUAUUGAAGUCAUUUCGUCCUUUUCGAAAUCCUUGUUCUCUGUUUUACUUAAAAGUUUGGUGCCCAACACGUGUUUAACGAACUGAAACAAUUUAAAAAUGUUUAAAUGCGUUUCGUUGUUCAACCGACAAUUUGAUUUAUCUUUGCAUUUAAAUUAUUUAAUACAUUUUGAUGGAUAAUAUUACUAUAAUAUUUAAUUUGCUAUUAUAAAAUAAUGUAUUUUAACUUGUAACACAGUGUAAUAUUCGUCAUUUUUAAAUUAAUAAGUAUUAAAAAAAUAUAUAUACAUACAUAAGACAUAUUAUUAUAAUAAGAGACCUUCGUUGUUUCAACACUAUAUAUAUUAUAUCUACUUAAUUAAAAACUAAAAGAAAAUGUGUAUAUGAUUCGUUCUAUUAUUGUUAUAAUUGUAAUAAAAGUAUUGUGUCUCCUGACAUGUCAUGUUAAAUGUAUUAAUCAUAUAUUAUUAUGAUAUAAAUUAUUACAGUUGAGUCUAUACCUACUCUAUUAUAAUUUAUAGGUAAUAUGCAUUUUUGAAAAAUGAAAACAUACUUAAAUUUACAAUAUACUUUAGUAUUUUACAGUGACUUUAUUCAAUACUCAGAUUAAUUCAAAAUUCAAAUGUGUUGUAAUAUAUAUUUAAUAUAAGUACAAUGCUUAUUUUAGAUUGAUUAAGAAGGGGAAAAUAAUAGUUUAACUCACCUAACAAACAAGUUAAUCGCAGUCAUAAAGAUUCUAAAGCAAACGAUUAAGUCCCUUUAAUAUUUAUUACAUCGUAUAGUGAAGUUAGCUAUAUUAGUUCAUUAUUGUUAUGUCUGAACUAAGCUACUCGUAUCUGGAGAAAUAAUUGUUUGUAUAUUGCAUACAAUUAAACAUAGGUUAAUAUAAACUGUCAUUCAAUUUAAAUAUUUCUGUUGCUUUUGUAAAUUUUAAUUAUGAUAUCAUAAAAUGGUUCAAGUAAACAGUCACUAGGUACUGGCAUUGUACUUAACACUUAAAUUUGGUAAAAGUUUUAAAAGUAAUUAUAGCUAUGUCAUGCGUGAUUUGGAUUAUGGUAAGAGGAUGGCCUAUUAAAUUUAUUCUGUGAACCUAAAUUUAAUCACGCAUAAUGUAUCACAAUAAUAAUUGUUCUACGGUGCGUGUUAUUUUAUUAAAUUUGGUUUUGAAUGUUUUUUUUACGACGUUUCGUCAUGUUAUUAUCUCGUAUAUUAAACUCAUAUGCAUAAGUGCGUGUUCAUAUAUUACGCACUCUGCGCGUUCAUUGAUUAUUAAUUAUUUUAUUAUUUUCGUGAAUACAACAAAAAUAAUUCAGUAAGAAUACUUUUAAAAGUUAAAUUAAUAUUCUACUCGUUUAACGAGUAUUCGCAUGAAUGCAAAACAGAUAUAUCAUUCUGAUUUAUGACCAUUGGUAUCAAUGACUAAAAGAUUUUAAGUGUUUGGACGUGAGUACGUGACAUGAGUUAAGUUGAGGACGACAAUGGCGGAAGGUUGCGAGUUAGCACUUUAAUGCUUACAUUAAGUCCCGCAGGUAACCGUCAAAAUUAUUCUCACCGUCUAGAUAUAUUUUUUAGUGCGCAGGUUCAGAGUGACCUGAAUUUAUAACAAUUAAUGGACUCUUUUACGGUAAAAUAGCUACCUAGAUAAUAAAUAACAAUGAAUUUAGUGUUAGGUAAUUGUCAUUAUUGUUAUAAUAUACAAUAUCAAUAUAAACGUAAAUAAUAUGUUAUUUAUCAUGUUUAUCAUUUUUAAAUUGUGUGUGUAGAAAAAAUUAUGACUUAGGCCAUUGUGAUCGAAAAUUCGUGUCAGUUUAUCCGUCAAAUUUGAUAUUGAAAAAAAACAUUUAGGGUUAAAAUAUCUAACUAUAAAAAAAUAGGAUUUAACCUUUAGAGUCAAAUAAAAAUUAAUUUGUGACAAAUAAAAUAAAGUUUCUUUUAUUAUUUUUAAUGUCUGUAAUGAAUUGGUCUAAUUUAAUAUGAAUCAAUAUUCAAAAUUAAAUACUACCAUUAAAAUUAAAUUUGGUUUUUGGUUAAAAACGUUUAAUGGUAUUUAAUGUUUAUAAUAUUGUACUAUAAUCUUCAAUAAUUAACUGUUAAAAUUAUAUUCGAAUCAUUUAAAAUAAAUUGGUAUGUAUACUAUAGGUACGUAACAAAAUCCA